GGUGCGGGGAGUGUGGGGGGCGGGGCGCGGGGCGGAGCGCGCGGGCGGGUGGCGGGUGUCGCGGGUCGCGGCGGUGUCGGCGAUGGCUUUCGAGGCGCUGGCGGAGGCGGCGGAGCGGUGGUGCGCCCGCACGCCCUUCCAGCUCAUCGCUGCCGAGGAGACGGAGCGCCGCAUGGACUUCUACGCCGAGCCCGGCGUCUCCUUCUACGUGCUCUGCCCGGAGGCCGCCUGCGGCGACAAUUUCCACGUGUGGAGCGAAAGUGAGGACUGCUUACCUUUUCUGCAGCUCGCACAGGAUUACAUCUCCUCCUGUGGGAAAAAGACACUCCAUGAGAUAUUGGAAAAAGUCUUCAAAUCCUUCAGGCCUUUACUUGGACUUCCAGAUGUUGAUGAUGAUGCAUUUGAAGAAUAUAAUGCCGAUGUAGAAGAAGAGGAACCAGAAGCCGAUCACCAACAGAUGGGUGUCAGUCAGCAGUGAUUUUCUAAGAAGCUAAAAAAAUUCAGAAGCCUUUGGUAUCAGUUGGGGUCUGGUGAUCCCACGUUAGCCUGUUUGAAAUAGCACAUCACAAGGGGAUAUCCAGAUAAAGGUUUUACAAAACGGUUUAAAACAAACAAACAAAAAAUUAAUAACAAUCUGUGAUGAGCUUUCCUAAGAAGCGACCUGAAUUUUGCUCCUGCUUCAGUGGGUUUUCUAUGGAGUUGUCUUGGUAGCAUUCUGCCCUUACCAGUCUAGAAGUAGUUUUGUUGCUGACUUGUUCCUUCAAUUUGUGUUUGAGAGUAGCAUUUGCUGACAUGAAUGUAGAGUACUGAGAAUGUAGGAAGUGAGUGGUGAGAGCUCCGAGUCCUCACCAGUGACCUUUCCAAGGAAACUAGCGUGGAGAGCAAACACAACCUGUGCUUUUCUUUUUAGUUCAACUAAAUGGUCUUAGUUCAACAGCUAUGGUUUUGACAAAGUAUCAAACUUGGAGAGAUUUCUUCUGAAAAACACAAGUUUAAUAGUGGUUGGUACUGCAGAAGUGCACAUGAAAGCCUAACAAAAAUAAUAGAAAGUGGGAAUCUGAUGGAAAAUUGGUGUCAGCAGUAUUAGUGUUUUACUGACACCUGAGUUUACAAGUGUUGGAAUAAUAACUGGUAGUAAUUAGCAUCAGCAAUACACAUUGUUCUGCUGGUACCCCCAACACCAUUUGACCCAAAGCCAAAUGCUGCUUUCAUACAAAUCAGUUCAUACAAAUCAGUUAAAAAAUAGCUAUUGUCUAUCCCACUUCUGCAUGACGAACAACUUUAAGCUUUGCUGGUUUUAUACACUCCUAAAUUACUCAAAGCUUGUGGCAUCAUGAAUUAAAGUGCAACUUAACUUUGAAGCCAUAAGGGUAUAAACCAGCACCAGGCUUUUAAAAUUAUGCUGGACCUGUGCCUCUCCCUAGCCUUUGAGCUAGUCCAGCCAUUACACCUUGUCAGAGGGGACCUAAAAUACAACUACUUUGGCUGAUACAAAAACUGGUGAGGUUUUACUUAGCUGGGGACUUGCUCCCCAGAAGGGUUUGGUGAGGUUUUGGUAUAAAGGAGAAGAAGAUCCCUCGUAUUUUAUACCUAUUUUGCAUAGAUUUAAGUGACUCAGACGAGUGCCAGACUGAAGAUGCAGGCUCUCUUUAUUCACUCGCCUUUUGUACUGAAAAUAUAAGAAACGAGGGGGAUUCUGUUGUAGUGCAGUUGUUUUCCACAAUCAAGCAAAAUAUUUCUAAAUUUACUCCUUUUUUCCAAUUUUUUAAAAAUUGUGAAAUAAAGGUCACAUGCUUUGAGAACCCUUUUAUACAGAAUUAGCUUUCCAAAAGCAACAAGUAGGCAAAGAGAAAAUGCUCAGACAACUCUCAGAAACAGCUCGCACCAUUUUGGAAACCCUGUUGUUAGAGAUGUCUCCUUUUCAAUAGAUUUUUUAAAGAUUUUUUUUUCAAGGUUACUUAACAGAGUAAGGUUUGUUUUUGUUUUUUUGUGGUUUACAUUUCUGAUAAUGGCUUGAGAGAUCAUAGCACUUGAUUUUUUCCAAUCUGGGGCAAAGACCUUCCCUUACUGGGAUGGUGUGUGGUACCUGAGUAUGCACAGAAGCGACUGCAGCACUGUAAAAGUUGGGAGUUUAAGAAUAAAAAAAAAAAAAAAAAAAAAAAGAGAGAGAAAAAGUGAAAGAGAAACAGAGCUUAAUGCAACUUUGUACAUUCUUUCAGCAUGCAGGCAUAAACAUGAUAGUUGCAGCACAUUUCUAUGGACUAGUGACGUGAGAACCGUGGCAGUUCAUUGUAUAACACUGUACAGCAGCAAUAGGCUUUUUGCUUACUAAAAUAAAGUGUUAAGACCA